AUGAUACGGCAAUUAUUCAGCGCUGCUACUACGGCAGCGCGAUCCAGCUGCUCGAUUUCACGCGCAACUCUCCAGGGCCAAACCAUCCAGCCAUCAACAUGGCUCCAAGCUGUACGAUCUCGAAACCAAAUCCUCCUCCAUCAAAGCAAGCAGCGCAUCCUAACAAUAACUUCCACGAUACAGAAAACCCCCCUCAACACAUUUACCCGCCUCUUCUCCACGACGCCCGCAUCGCGCUUCACACUCACCACCCAAAAGUCCUCCUCACCCUUCCGCCUCUCCUCCGACAAACACGCACACGAACACUCUCCCUCCAACGACGACGCCUACUACAGCCCCCACAAGCCCAAGCGCCAAUGGCCACCGGAUAUGUCCAAGCUCUCGCCCAAACACCAGUUUCGCCUUGAGCGCAAGUAUCGCCGGCGCGCGGCGCUGAAGUAUGCCCGGCCUAAGUUUAUCAAGACUGUGACCCUGGUGCAGUGGGGUGUUAUCGGGUUUGUCGUGAUUUAUGCAGUGCUGUUUAUGAAUUGGGAUACCAAGGAUACACCUUUCGAUGGAGUGAGUUUUGAUCUCUGA